CGCGUCGCGUCUUUCACUUGCAGUAUAGAUGGGUUUGUCAGUCAGCUGACUAGUCCGCCAUUUUGUCAGCCAUUUCCUAGACGGGUCCGCUGCAGAUCAGCACACACAGAAAGAGCGAAACCCCUCCUGCACAGGCCGCUGUUCGGGACUGAAUGAGACACUAGCGCUCUAACGGGCCGGUCAGUACUCGGAUAAAGCCCGUGUUCGCGGUCCGGUCGGACAGGAGGGAAAUCAUCAUGGCUCUGAAGAUCGUGAAGGGAAGCAUCGAUCGGAUGUUCGAUAAAAACCUGCAGGAUUUAGUACGUGGCAUUAGAAACCAUAAGGAAGAUGAGGCCAAAUACAUCUCUACCUGCAUCGAUGAGGUCAAACAAGAACUCAAACAGGACAACAUCGCUGUUAAGGCCAAUGCAGUCUGCAAACUCACCUACUUGCAGAUGCUUGGCUAUGAUGUCAGCUGGGCUGCGUUUAACAUUGUGGAGGUGAUGAGCUCCUCCAAAUUCACAUUCAAGAGAAUCGGUUACCUUGCAGCAUCACAGUGCUUUCAUGAGGGCACUGAUGUCAUAAUGCUGACAACCAAUCAGAUCCGCAAGGAUCUCAGUAGUCCCAACCAGUACGACACCGGCGUGGCGCUGACAGGACUUUCUUGCUUCGUGACCCCUGACCUUGCGCGUGACCUAGCCAAUGACAUCAUGACGUUGAUGUCCCACACUAAGCCGUACAUUCGAAAGAAGGCGGUGCUAAUCAUGUAUAAAGUAUUCCUGAAGUAUCCCGAGUCCCUUCGUCCGGCUUUCCCGCGUUUGAAGGAGAAGUUGGAGGACCCAGAUCCCGGCGUCCAAUCAGCUGCCGUGAAUGUCAUCUGUGAACUGGCAAGAAGGAACCCUAAGAAUUAUCUUUCCCUGGCACCCCUGUUCUUCAAGCUUAUGACCUCAUCCACCAACAACUGGGUGCUCAUCAAGAUCAUUAAGCUGUUUGGAGCUCUCACUCCUUUGGAGCCUCGUUUGGGAAAGAAACUAAUUGAGCCCCUAACCAACCUCAUUCACAGUACCUCAGCCAUGUCGCUUCUGUAUGAGUGUGUCAACACCGUUAUAGCAGUACUGAUCUCACUGUCCUCUGGGAUGCCCAACCACAGUGCUAGCAUACAGCUGUGUGUGCAGAAACUGCGAAUCCUGAUCGAAGACUCGGACCAGAACUUGAAGUACUUGGGUCUGCUGGCCAUGUCCAAGAUCCUGAAGACGCACCCCAAGUCUGUGCAGUCACACAAGGAUCUUAUCCUGCAGUGUCUGGAUGAUAAAGACGAGUCCAUUCGUCUGAGAGCCCUGGAUCUUCUCUACGGCAUGGUCUCGAAGAAGAACUUGAUGGAGAUCGUGAAGAAGCUCAUGCUUCACGUGGACAAAGCAGAGGGUACCACUUACCGAGACGAACUGCUCACCAAGAUCAUUGACAUCUGCAGCCAGAGCAAUUACCAGUACAUCACCAACUUCGAGUGGUACAUUAGUAUACUAGUGGAGUUGACUCGACUGGAGGGAACCAGGCACGGCCACCUGAUCGCCUCACAGAUGCUGGACGUCGCCAUCCGAGUCAAAGCCAUCCGAUGCUUUGCAGUGGCUCAAAUGGCCACUCUGUUGGACAACGCACACCUGCUGACCGGCAACACUCAGAGAAACGGCAUCUGUGAAGUACUUUAUGCCUCCGCAUGGAUCUGCGGAGAGUUCUCAGAGCAUCUGGAGGACCCCAUGCAGACAUUGGAAGCCAUGCUAAGACCCAAGGUGGCAACCCUGCCUGGUCACAUUCAGGCGGUGUACGUGCAAAACGCUGCGAAGCUGUUCGCCACCGUGCUGCAGAAACACGAAGGGGAGACUGACAGUCAGGUCGCACAGGAGACGAGCCAACUGCUCAUAGAAAGACUGCCGCUGUUUGUCCAGAGCGCUAACCUGGAAGUGCAGGAGAGGGCUUCCUGCAUCCUGCAGCUGGUGAAGUACAUCCAGAAGCUGCAGCAGAAGAACGUUGAUGUGGCCGAUGAAGUGACGGCUCUCUUUGCUGGAGAACUUAACCCUGUGGCCCCCAAAGCCCAGAAGAAAGUGCCUAUACCAGAAGGUCUGAACCUGGAUGCCUGGAUCAAUGAGCCUCCAUCAGAAAGUGAGUCUGAGGAUGAGAAGCCCAAAGCUAUUUUUGCUAAAGAGGAACCUAAGCAUUCCAGAUCAAAACACACUGAAGUGGAUGAGAAAGAGCUGGCCAGGAGAAGGGAUGCCAGGAAGCAGGAACAGGCCAACAACCCGUUCUACAUCAAAGCUUCACCAUCAUCUCAAAAGGGGUUCGACGCACCAGGUGUUGAACACAUUCCAGUUGUGCAGAUCGACCUUAGCGUGCCUCUCAAAGUCCCAGGGAUGCCCAUGUCAGAUCAGUACGUUAAGCUGGAGGAGGAACGCCGACAGAAGGACAAGGCGGAUAAGAAGAAGAAAGAGAAGAAGAAAAAGAGAGAGAAGCGAGGAAAGGGCAGAAAAGCAGAUUCGGGUCCAGAGAGCGAAGAAGACAUCACACCUGCUCAGCAGGUGGAUAUAGUCACAGAGGAGAUGCCAGAGAAUGCCUUACCAAGCGAUGACGAUGACAAAGAUCCCAACGACCCUCACAAAGCUCUGGACAUCGAUCUGGACAAGCCGCUUGCAGACAGCGAGAAACUUCCUGUCAGGACCCACCGUCCCGAGAUGCUCAAGAGCCCCGUGAAGGACAGAGACAGUGAGGCCGUUCCACAGGAGCUCAAGAAAAAGAGCAGUAAGGACAAAAAAGAGAAGAAGGAGAAGGACAGGAAGAGGAGCAAAGAUGAAAAGAAGAAAAAGAAGAAACACAAAGAGGUGGAGGAGGAGCCUGUGGAGUCCCAGCCGGAAGAGGCUGUCCAAUCAGAGGAGGCCAAAGAAGUGUCUGCCCUGCCCACAUCAACAUCCACUGAGGCCUCCGAUCUGGAUUUCUGGCUCUCUAGCGCUCCCGUUCCCCACGUUGCCCAGGAAGUGACAGCUCCCCCAUCAGCCGCUGCUGAAGACACAAGCUCUGCGGCCGCUCUAGAAUCUGAACCAGAUGAGCGCAAAGACAGAGAACUGGAAGACACGAAAUCAUCCAAACACAAGAAGAAGAAGCAAAAGAAAGAGAAGGAGGAGAAAGAUAAGAAAAAGAAGAAACGGCACCACCACCAUCAUCAUCAUCACAGUGACAUAGGAGAAGAUUCAGUGCAGAACGGCACUGUGGAGGAGGAGGAGGAGCCUCUGCCACCCAUGUCAAACUACUCUCUGUUGGCUGAGAACGCCUACAUCAAGAUGGUGUGUGACAUCCAGGGAAACCACCAGGAUGAGAGUAAAGUCGUGGUGUCUGUCAUCUUCGAGAACAAGUGCAACAGCUUCCUCAAGUCCAUGGAGUUCAACGUGCUGGAUUCCCUCAACUCCAAACUGCAGAGGCCGGAGGGAGCCGGACCCCACGAUAGCCUCACCGUCCCCUUCCAACUACCACCAGGGGUGUCAAAUGAGGCCCGAUUCGUUUUCUCAGUGCAUAGCAUCGUCAUGCCCCAGAAGUUGAAGGGAACCCUCACCUUUAUUGUUAAGUCGGAUGACUCUUCCACUCACGAGAAACUGGACUUCAAACUGCACUUUACAUGCACAUCAUACCUGAUCACCACUCCCUGCUACAGUGACGCAUACGCUAAACUGCUGGAGUCGGGCGACCUGAAGGGGAGCUCUCUACGGCUAGAAGGAAUCAACAUGCCCUUCCAUCACCUGCUGGCCAGGAUCUGUUUCUACCAUCAUUUCUCUGUUGUGGAGAGGAUCGACUCCUGCGCCUCCAUGUACAGCAGGUCGAUCCAGGGUCACCAUGUCUGUUUGCUGGUUAAAACCGCCGAUCAGAUAGUCUCCAUCGACGCCAAGUGCGAUGAGCCAUCUCUGCUGGGUAACGUGCUGGAUGAAAUCAAGGAGACCUUCUCGAAAUGCUGAUCGAGUCUGUGAGGAUCCCUCACCACCCUGAAAACCCCCUAAAUCCCUCCGGGUGAAACAACACACGCUCAGAAUCGCGUCACAUGCUCUGAGACUCGUGUCCCCACUCCUCUGAACUUCCUCGUUUGUAUUUAUUGGAUCUCUCAUUCGGUUUUCUUUUAAGACCAUUAAUGUCAAGCCUUUGUGUUUUUCGUUCCCUUCUCGACUUCCGAGACACAUUCCUCGCAUCUGAUCUCAUAUUUCAUCCCGCUCUUCCUCAAUUAAUGCAUUUCGGUGCACUUCGUCCCGCUGACAUUCUGCCAUUGUAGUAAUGGUCCAUGACAUUCAUCCUGUGAACUGGAUUGUUCAUCGAUGCUUGAGUUGUGUUUUUUCUUUGUUUUGCGUUGUUGUUUGUUUUCUUUUGUCUUGAAUUCCAUCAGCGCCUUUCUUCGCAUUAAACAUCAGCGUGUUUGCUCCUUGCCAGUUCUGAAGCGUAUGUGUGUGUGUGUGUGUGUGUGUGUGUGUGUUACUAUCCUGAAGACUUGCCCUUUACAGGACUGGGUACUCGUAUCACACCGGAAAUCCCACCCACCUCCAACCCUCAAUCUUAAAAGAGCCCCUGAGCACUAACUUUACACCCAGAUGCACAACAGUAAAUACAGGAACACUGGGUUGCAUUCUAGUACCACACCUGUACCACAAUGUACGAGUGAUAUUGAAAUACUCUAUUAGACAAUGUCACGCCCCACUACUACAAACAUUCUAAUGCUGACGUAAAAGUGAACCACACACAAUUUUCAUAACAUUGCGAGGAAAUACUACAUCGCUAACUAUGAUAGCAUGCAAUUCAAAUAUUUUUAAUUCCACCGUAAUAUGUUGCUCAGGAUAAAAGCAGUUGAUAAAUACCUGUCAAAUGAACAAAAAUGGAUUGACUUUUCAGUCUGGUCCAGUGAUGGACAUCACUGUCGAUCCAGUUAAAUGGAAUUUAAAGCUCUGUGAGUGGAGGCAAUGUUCACCCAAAAAUUUGUGUAUCUUUUAUUUUUUACCUCUAUGACUUUCUUUCUUCUGCAGAACACAAAAUAAUAUAUUUGGAGAAUGUUGUUAAACGAAACAACGUUGGCACUUAUUGACUUCCUUUGUUAAGACACUACUGAUCUUUCGCAAAUCAUUUUUGGUGUUCCACAGAAGAAUAAAUGAAAACUAUUUUCAUUUUUGAGUUUGCUAUACCUUCAAGUCUGAAUUACUGUCUAUGGCAGAGUCAUGGCAUAAUAUAUGGCAUAACAGCCCAUCCCUUUGACCACGCAACAGUAUCUCUGUAUGUUUGUUCCCUGGGCAGUAUUAUAUUAAACGGUUCCCAUCUGCAUUUCUUAUAUGACUUGAAAUAAUAUACUGUUAAAAGGAACCUAAAAAUAAUGUGUUAAAUGGGCACUUCCACCUCCCCCAGACUCACAAGUCAUGUGUUCUUCAGCUCUUCUGACUGCCAUCUUGUAUAUUUGGCAAUUGCGGUCGUUCGCUUUUUUUAUGAAGCUGUUAAAUGCCUUUUUUCACACUACUGAACUUGUACUGACUAAUUCAGGCACAUGCUAUGUCUAUGGUGUUUAACUGUCUGAUCCAGCACGCUGUAGCGCUCUAUAAGGACGCAACCAAAGAGGGUAACCUGUUUUCCAUUAACGGAGUUCAACAAGAAUUAAGUGAAAUGAGGUUAAAGGGAACAUUUCUGGAAGCUUAACAUCACUGAUGGGUUUCAUUAAGGCCGAUAAAAACAGCUGUAGUAAGUCACAUUCAGAUUUAUAACAUGCAUGGGUAGGAAUGUAAAGUUUUUCUUGCCUAUUUUUUUUAUUGAAACAUUAUCAUCCCUGGUCAUUCUGUGAUUUGUUGCUUUUUUCUAAUCUUUUUACGUAAAAGUUGGUUUCACCAUGUUACAUCGUUUGAUGGUGUAAUGUAUUUUUGUUUGUUAUGAGUACUUCAGAAAAAUGUCUUGGAAUGUUUUUCAAAUUUUCAUUUUUGCAUUAAAUUAUUAUACGUAUCAAUAAAGGGGGUUUGGGAUGGGGGUGGGUCUUUGGCAUCAAAGAAGCAGAGAUUUAGGGGUCCAUAUAGACAUGAAUACUUAGCCGUCAAAUGUGAUUCAAGUGAAGUGGCCCAGCUAAUCUAAUAAGGUUUUCUCUCUGGCAAGUUGUAGUGCAGAUAUUGCUGGAUUUGGCUUAUCAUUAAAUAUACUCUCAUUGCUCUUUGUUUGACGGUACUGUCCGACUCUUCAUGUGUAUUUUCCGACUGUAUGAUGUAAUAUAAUGUUUUAAGAUGAAUAAAUGAGCAAAACGAAUGACAGAUCAUUUGCUCCUACCGUUCUUGAGAAAGUGCAUUUAAAAGAGUUCGGGAAGGAUACUGUAGUUUUGUGUGUGUACCAAUAAAUUCAUAUAAAUACUGUA